AUGCCGGGGGAGAGCUCUCGAAGAUCUGUCCCCAAAGAAAGACACCCUGAGCUUGGAGCCGAGCAGACAGGCCUGCCUGAACCAGACAUGACCAGACAUGCCUCCACUGAUUCCACCCCUAGUGACAGCGGCUCUAGUCCCUCCCCCAGCACCCCUCAGAAGCUGCUGCCAUCAUGCACCUCUCCGUUUGGGCCACGGCUGGUUCGGGCCACACCUAGCUCCUCCGCGACCCCGCGACCCCAGCCUGAAGGUUCAGACCGUCGCCACAAUAACACGGUCCGACUUAGCGGGACGUUUGGAGGUCACGGACCCUGUGGACGCCGCAGCGGACCUGUGAAGAUGGAGAGAAUCAAGGUUCUGAUGGGCUCGGAGGUGGAGAGCGACUACAAGGAGCCAGAGAACAUGGACACACGGGUGGUGAUGGGCCAGGAGGCCCUGCUCAAGACAAAGAAAACCCUGACAGGGAAGUGCCCAUGCGGGCAGAGCAGCCAGGCGAUACCCCUGCCUGGAGGCCCAGUCUUGGAGGUCCCUAAGCUUCCCUUAGAGCCGCAGGCCGAGGCUGGAGAAAAGGCCCAACUGGACACAGGGCAGGAGAGAGACAAUUCACCUCUGACCCCAAAGAUGGAGCAAGAGCAGGAGAGAAGCCCUGUCCUGCCCAUUAGCCCUCUCCUCACCCCUCUCCUAACCCCCCUCAUCCCUGCCUCCCCUCCCUCCUCAGAGCCAGUCACAGUGGAUGUUAGCUUGAUGGGCAGCUUAAGCCCUUUGGAGGCAGGGCUGUCUCCCUAUGGUGAAAUGUCUUUUGUAUGUGCCAUGUAUGCCAUGCCCUCCCUGUCCGAGCCAGCCUAUCCCCCUGCUAUCCUGUCCUUCACUGAGCCGGCCUAUGCCGUGGACCCUCUGAGAGUGGGUGUUCCCUCGUCCCUGGAUCCUGACCUGUACUACACCGCCCCCUCCACCCCCAUCAAGAUGGCUGCUCGCCCCUUACACCUCAAACACCGCUCUUACCCCGGCUCCCCAGCCUCUCCCCUCUCACCAAACUCGGACAGUGAUGACCUGUGCUCCCCCCUCACUUCCCCCUCUGGCUCCUACGUCACGGCGGAGGGGGGCAGCUGGACCUCUUCCACCUCCCCCUGCACCUCCCCCAAUCUUCUCCUGGCAGAGGAGGUGCAGGAGGCACCUGCAUGCUUUGUCAGCUCGCUGUCCGAAAUCGGAGACGAAGUGGGGGAGGAUAGGGGAGCAGUAGGGGAGAGGGCAGAGGAAAAGGGAGGAGGAGCAGCAGAGUGGCGGUUCUGCCUCUAUAAGGGUCUAGCAGAGACUGUGAUCCUGGAGGAGGAGGAGGUACUGAGAGGGGAGGUAAGGGGGAGAAGGAGUGAGGAAGUGACAGUCUCAAGGGGUAGCUGUCGCCCUCGCUGGGUGACAGAGGACACUUCCCCAUUGAGGAGCAGCAGCGGCAGAAGCACCGACUCCCAGGAAGAUGGAGGGGAGUCGGAGGGCUCGCUCUGCCCAGCAGAGGAUGCUCUGGCUGGGGGACAGCAGUACUCAAGUCCCCUGCUGCAAAGAGGCCUGGAGCUGGAGCUGCAGGCCUGUGUGUCUGAGGAGCUUUACCCUCCCAUUACCAACCCAGAUGAUGAUGGAGCAGACUCCCCACGGCUGACCUCCAUCUCCUUCCCCUUUGCACCAGACAUGGGGAACCUAAGCCCUCACACCUCCAGCGUCAACCCUGCCUCCUCCAACCUUACCAUGGACACCUGCUCUCCAGAUGUGUCAGACGGGGAUAACUCCAGCCCUUACGGAGAGAUGGGUACCUUCCUGCUGUUCCCAGGCUCCUACAGUGAUGAUGGUGAGAUGGAGGAAGAGGAGAGUAUGAUCCCAGCCUCUCUGCUUAACUUCCCCCUCCACACCAGUCUCCUCUUUCAGGCAGACUCCAUGGAGAUCACUCUCUUCCCCACAGAGGAGGGGAAUGAGGGAGGAGAGGGAAACGACAGGAACGAUGUGGAUGCGUACGCGGCCGGAGAGGAGGAGGGGGACGUGGAGGAUGAUGACGAAGAUGAUGAGGAAGAAGUGGAGGCUAAGGUAGAGAUAGAGGAGGCUAAAGUAGAAAUAGUGAUAGAGGAAGAGGUGGAUGAAGAGGAGGGUGAGGAUGUUGAGGAUGAGGAAGAGGAGGAGGAGGGUGAGGGUAAGGCUGUAAAUGACCCAGCUGAAGAGGACAACUCGGCCUCCUUCCUUCAUUCACUGUCAGAAACUUCCAUCAACGAAGGGCUGGAUGAGUCCUUCUGUUUCCAUGAUGACACUGACGACUCACUAGACUCCGCCUCUUAUAAUGGCGAAGAGGAUGAGCGACUGUACAGCACAGAGAGACAUGCUGAACCACCCACAGGACCACCCACAGGACCAGCCACAGGAUCACCCACAGGAUCAACCACAGAACCACACCAAGCCAAACCUCAGCCUGAAACCAGACCAGAGGCCUACAGCACUGAACUGUCUCAGUCCCAGAGCAGACUUAGCCUAAUCAAUCCCCCAGGUGACAAAGAGCCCCGGCCUGAGAAUCCUCCAGGACCUAAGCCACCCCACCAUGCACUUGCACCUGCCCAACCUGCGGAAUCAGCCCACCCCGAGUCCUCCAACAGCAGUAGUGGGAGUGAAAUGGAGAUCUCCUCAGAGUCCUCUGACCCUCCUGUCCCCGCUCCUUCUCAGGAGAGCCCUUAUGUCUCUACCCUUACCCCUAAACUUUCUACAACCCCUUACCCUGCCUUCACUACCCCAAAGACUACUCCUGCUACCGUGUCAACCCCUAAAACCAAUCCUGAAUCUCUCUCUAACCCCAACACUAACUGUGCUCCUGCCCCUAAUGCUAAAUCUGCUACUGUCUGUACCACUAACACUAACCCUGCUACAGCCUCAACCCCACAAAAUAAUUCUGCUACUUCCUCAACCUUCAAAACUAACCCUGCUACCGUAUGUACACCUGAAAUUAACCCUGCUACGGUCUCUACCCCUAACACUAACAGUGCUCCUGCCCCUAACGCUAAAUCUGCUAUGGCCUGUACCACUAACACUAACCCUGCUACAGCCUCAACCCUCAAAACUACCCCAGGUACAUGCUCUACCCCAAACCCCGCUGCUACUCCUAACACUAACCCUGCUGCUACUCCUUACACUAACCCUGCUGCUACUCCUAACACUAACCCUGCUGCUACUCCUAACACUAAGCCUGCUGCUACUCCUAACACUCAGCCUACUGCUACUCCUAACACUAAGCCUGCUGCUACUCCUAAAACUAACACUGCUGCUACUCCUAACACUAAGCCUGCUGCUACUCCUAAAACUAACACUGCUGCUACUCCUAACACUAAGCCUGCUGCUACUCCUAACUCUAACCCUGCUGCUACAAUCGAGGAGACAGCGUCCCACAGCAAUCCUGUCAUCCUGGCAACCCAGCCAUCCCAUAACAGCCCUGUGACCCUGGCAACAGGAGCAGGGCAAACCAAAGCAGUUGCAGAGGAAGUACAGGCUGGUACGUCAGACACACCCCGGCCUAAACAGAAGACCUCUGAGCCCCGUAAGCCGCUCCCACGUGUGUUUGGGGUGGCAGCAGCUUCAGUCCGGUCCAAACCGCUUCUGAUGUCAGUGCUGGAACUGGACCAGAAGAACACGAACAGCAGCGCUGAAGGUGUGGACUCCCAUCAGGUCCUUGAAGGGACCACUGCCACCAACGACCUGAACAAGGGGGUCCCUCUGCUCUCAUGCCCGAAAGAGCCUAACCCCAGCAACAUCCCUGUCUCCUCCUGCCCUGAGAGCACACCUGGCCUGGCUGACAACCUGUCCCUGACCCCUGACAUCUGCCCAUGUGACCCCGCCCAGGAGAACCUGAGGGAGAACACCCUGAGCACUGAAGACGGGGGCCCUGGGGCCCUGGGCUUCCCUCACACCCCCCUGACUGUCUCUCCCAAGAGGGAGAACUCAGAGACAGAUGCAGGGGUGAGAAGGGGGGAUGGGGGCUUGAGGGCUGAUAUGAGGGGGUUAGGAGCAGAGUCUGGGUCCUGGGGGGCAGGGGAGGCCCUAUCUCUCUCUCUGGGGCAGGGCUGUGGGUUGGAGGCACAGAGCCUAUUACUGUAUGAGGUGGAGGGACAUACGAUUGGACAGACAAUUGGACAGAAGAUUGGACAGACACUCUCCGGGCUGCCCAAUGUCGGGACAGAUGAGGAUGAGGUGGGUGAUAUAAUGGGGGAUGAAGAAGACAACAACAGCCUGUGUGGUCGGCCAGACAAGAUGGCAGAUGUCGAGCUUGUGGGAGAGGGAGUGCCAGAGUCCAACCUGUCCAGCUGGAGGUCCAUCGAGGAGAUAUCAGAGGCAGGGGGAGGAGAGGACGGAAGCUCCCAAUUCCCAGAGGAUGAUGUCAGCAACCUGCAGAGUCACCCGGAAAACAAGGAGGAGCAGGAAAACAACAACAAUGUCUCAGUGUUCCUAUCCUCUGGAAUACCAACCUGUAUGACUCUGAAUGCCCUGUCAGAGGACGUGAGACACCAAAGCCAGAGUGUGUGUCUGAGGGCGUCUCUCUCAAACAUACCACUCACAGAGGUGAGAUCACAGGCUGCUGCAGCCUCCGAUAGGCCAUCAACAUCAACUGACAGCUCAACACACCAAUCAGACAUAAGACAACCUUCCUUGUCCAUGGAAAGCCCUGGGCGUGUCUCACCACCAGGUGGUAAACCACAGACUGUCUCAGACCAGAGCCCUGGUUCAGUAGAGGCAGUCAUUUCCAGACCCAACAGUAACAGAGAUAUUAACCCAGCAGUCAAACAGGCAGACCCAGCUCUGUCUCUGCUGGGUGGGGCAUUUGGAUCCUUCAGCCAUAAAAUCAGACCAAGCAACUCCAAGUCAGGCAGACUGUCCCAAGAAACUUCCCGAUCACUGAAGAAAGACACAGUAGAGAAUGUCCAAGUCUCCCAAGAAACUUCUCUCUCAGUGGGCAAAGACACAGUAGAGAAGGUCCAAAUUUCCCAAGAAAUUUCCCCAUCAGUGAGCAAAGACACAGUAGAGAAGGUCCAAGUCUCCCAAGAAUCUUCCUUAUCAGUGGGCAAUGACACAGUAGAGAAGGUCCAAGUUUCCCAAGAAUAUUCCAUAUCAGUGGGCAAAGACACAGUAAAGAAGGUCCAAGUUUCCCAAAAUGUUUUCCAAUCAGUGGGCAAAGACACAGUAGAGAAGGUCCAAGUUUUUCACGAAAUGUCCCCAUCAAUGAGCAAAGACAUAGUAGAGAAUGUCCAAGUCUUCCAAGAAACUUCCCUAUCAGUGGGCAAAGACACAGUAGAGAAGGUCAAAGUAUUCCAAGAAUCUUCCCUAUCAGUGGGCAAAGACCCAGUAGAGAAAGUCCAAGUUUCCCAAGAAACUUCCCCAUCAGUGGGCAAAGACACAGUAGAGAAGGUCCAAGUUUCCCAAGAGACUUCCCCGUCAAUGAGCAAAGACACGGUAGAGAAGGUCCAAGUUUCCCAAGAAACUUUCCCAUCAGUGAGAAAAGACACAUUAGAGAAGGUCCAAGUCUCCAAAGAAUAUUCCCUGUCAGUUGGCAAAGACACAGUAGAGAAAGUCCAAGUUUCCCAAGAAACUUCCCCAUCAAUGGGCAAAUACACAGUAGAGAAGGUCCAAGUCUCCCAAGAAACGUCCCCAUCAGAGGGCAAAGACACGGUAGAGAAGGUCCAAGAUUUCCAAGGAACUUUACCAUCAGUGAGAAAAGACACAUUAGAGAAGAUCCAAGUCUCCAAAGAAUCUUCCCUGUCAGUUGGCAAAGACACAGUAGAGAAAGUCCAAGUUUCCCAAGAAACUUCCCCAUCAAUAGGCAAAUACACAGUAAAGAAGGUCCAAGUUUCGCAAGAAACUUCCGCAUCAGUGAGAAAAGACACAGUAGAGAAAGUCCAAGUUUCCCAAGAAACUUCCCCAUCAGUGUGCAACAACACAGUAGAGAAGGUACAAGUUUCCCAAGAAACUUCCCAAUCAGUGAGUAAUGAUACAGUAGAAAAAGUCCAAGUUUCCCAAGAAUUUCCCCCAUCAGUGAGCAAAGACACAGUAGAGAAGGUCCAAGUUUUCCAAGAAUCUUCCCUAUCAGUGGGUAAAGACAUGGUAGAAAGUGUGAAAAAACUCUGUUCCCAGCCUCAGCCAGAGGAGACAGAGCUACAGACGGUGAGCCAAAAAGAAGGUGGUGGCGGUCAGAAGACUGACAGGCACAUUGACCAACCAAAGACGAGUGGGGCCUUAGAAGAACAGGAGAACAGUGUUUGUAUCUCAGGGGAAAGAGAGGUGGAGGAGAUUGCAGAGGAGAGAUUCUCUCCAACAGAGAGUGUUCCAGAACCUGCACAGCGUCAGACACCCGAGGGAGAGCUGAGCACAGAGAAAGCCAUCACUCCUCCUCAGCCAGGGAGGAGAGGGAAGCAGAGCAGAGACAGACCCAGUCAGCCGCGCAGACAAUCUCCGUCAGGCUCUGGGUCUGCUGAUCACCCACAGGUACCAGCGCUCACUGCCAAGACCCUAGAAGACACCUCCCCACCAGGGAAACAAAAUAAUAAGAAUAUGAGAGGACAAAAAUCUGCUGCAGAUACCAGACAGAGGACACAUGUGAAGGGCAAACCUGAGGCAGAGUCCGAGAGGAGAGGGGAAAACAGAAACGUCUCCAGAUCCCCGACUCCCCUUAGUCCUACCAACCUCUGCCCUAUCUCUCCUGCUCUCCUACUCAACCAGGAAGUGAACAUGGAAGUGCACCAGGAAAUGCUUGACAACAGGCCGCUGCCUGGUUGCCAGACAGAAAGCAGAAAGGACAUCAACGAUAACAAUGUGGGGAGUGGCCAUGCCUCCCCUACAGAACAGAAUAGAUCUUCUUCUCCUCCACCUCUUCCCUCCUCCUCUCCUCCCCCUCUCUCCCCCUCUCCUCUCUCAUCCUCUCCUCCCCCCAGUACCUUCACAGUGCAGCCAGAUGAGGACCUCCCCACCCCCAUACAGGAGUCCCAGCCUCUCCUCACCACAGUCCAGCCUGUCACCCCACUCCUAGACACCCAGCCUCAAUCAACCAGUCUUCAGGCAGCCUCCGCAACCCUUUCUACUACCCCUAUCGCCCUUCCUAAGCAUCCCCCUAUACCCACUGAAAGUGUCCGUAUGUCCCCUACCCCCUACUCAUUCUCAUCUCCACCCACGUCAGCCCUGCCCUCGACCCCCAGCCUUACCCAGCCCACCCAGGAGUCUUUGCCACGGCUGGAGGCUCCAACCACAGUGCCUGUCCUAGACAUCCGCUGCCAGGCCCAGCCCCAACCAAACCUCCUCACCAAGCCCAACAGACAGAUCAAGCCAGUUCAGUCACAAAGCCGACAGGACAGAGAUGGGAUGGACACAGACAGUGAUGAUGAUGACACUGCUGUUCCUCUACGGCGUCACAUGACUCAGCCCAGGGGGAUUGUGGGAAACCCUUCUCAUAAAGAGUCUGGCUCCUCCAAUCAGCGAGAGAUACUGCUUCACUCCUCCCGCCAACCAACUGAGAGACAGAUAGACUGUCCAAUCAGCCACAAGGAUUCACAGGAGCUGGAACUGUCCUUCAAAUACAACUUGGGCUCCUGCAAUGAGUCGGAGAGUGACGGAUCAGUGCCAGAGUUGGAAGAACCAGAGGGGGUGCCACUGAGAUCCUCAGAACCCCAGCCCAUCUCUCCUGCUGAUGAGGGGAUUAACAGACCUAAGCAGAGCCGCAGUGAGAAGAAGGCCCGCAAGGCCAUGGGUAAGCUGGGCUUGCGGCCGGUCCACGGUGUGACCAGAAUCACUAUAAGGAAGUCGAAGAGCAUCUUGUUUGUCAUCAGCAGACCUGACGUCUUCAAGAGCCCCGCGUCAGACAUCUACAUCGUGUUUGGAGAGGCCAAGAUAGAGGACCUGUCUCAACAGGUGCACAAGGCAGCGGCAGAGAAGUUUAAGGUCCCGGUGGAGCCCUCCCCACUGGUGCCCCCUGCACCACCCAGCCUCACCAUCAAGGAGGAGAGCGAGGAGGAGGAGGAGGUGGACGAGGGAGGUUUGGAGCAGAGGGAUAUAGAGCUGGUGAUGGCCCAGGCUAACGUGUCCCGUUCUAAAGCUGUCCACGCCCUCAGACACAACACCAAUGACAUCGUUAACGCUAUCAUGGAGCUGACCAUGUGAGAGGACCCCCCCCCCCAAAGCAUAAAAUGCCAGUGUCACAUCUGUAUCGCUGCUAUGUUGCAUUCUCCUUACCUGCUAAUAAACAGUCUGUAAUAACCACACUAGUGGGCGAUACUGUUAACCACCCUUAUAUUGCACAUGUCAUGUAUGUAGUGAAAAUGGGGCAUUUUACAG